UCAGACCUCAGCUCCAGCAUCUGCGUUCUGAAGCAAGGAUGGCUGGGAUGGACAGAAUGUUUCAUUGUGAAAGGAAACAAUGUUCCAGGUCAAGCUGAGUCGACCACACACAGACCCUCAUGAUGAUUCUAGAAGAAAUCUCAACGAGUCUUACCAUGUGGUUUUUCUACCCCUUGAUUCCAUGUUUGCUCAUAGAUGGAGUUGCUCUUCCGCCUGCUCCUCAGAAUCUCUCUGUACAAUCGAUCAACAUGAAGCAUCUCUUGACGUGGAGCCCAGUGACCAUGCCUGGAGAAAUAACACACUAUUCUGUUGAGUACCAGGGAGAGUAUGAGAGCCUGUACAUGAGCCACGUCUGGAUCCCCAGCAGCAGGUGCUCGCCUACCAAAGUCCCUGAGUGUGACGUUACUGAUGACAUCACUGCCACUGUGCCGUACAACCUCCGUGUCAGGGCCACCCUAGGCUCACAGAACUCAGCCUGGAGCAACCUGAUGCACCCCUUUAAUCGAAACUCAACUUUUCUAACCCCACCUGGAAUGGAGGUCACCAAGGAUGGCUUCUACCUGGUUAUUAAGCUGGAAGACCUGGGGCCCCAGUUUGAGUUCCUAGUGGCCUACUGGAAGAGGGAGCCUGGUGCUAAGGAACAUGUCAAAACAGUGAGGAGCAGGGGCGUUCCAGUUCACCUGGAAACCAUGGAGCCCGGGGCUGUGUACUGUGUGAAGGCCCAGACAUUUGUGAAGGCCAUCGGGAGGCACAGUGCCUUCAGCCAGGCAGAAUGCAUCAAGGUGCAAGAAGAGACCCCCCCCCUGGUGCUGGCCCUGACUGCGUUUGCUGGCUUCGUGCUGAUCCUUGUGGUCGUGCUGCUGUCCGUCUGGAAGAUGGGCCAGCUGCUCCGGUACUCCUGCUGCCCGGCGGUGGUGCUGCCCGACACCUUGAAAAUCACCUCUUCGCCCCAGAAGUUAAUCAGCUGCAGAAGGGAGGAGGUGGAAGCCUGCGCCACGAGCGCGCUGCCCCCCUGAGGAACUCUUCAGGACCUGGAUCCAGUGGGCCCGGUGAAGCUGAGCAGCCCGGUCUGUGCGACACAGGCGCUGUGAUGGGGAAAGGCCGUGCUUCUGUUUUUCUUCAAGGACAGAAGAAGUCAGAAGAGCCUUCUCCGUCCAUUUCUAGAAGCAACUGUCAGAGGCAGAGCGGUCUGGCAGACAAAGCCCCGAGUGGGGGCCGGAUACGCGCCCGUAGAACUGGAACUAUUUGCCAUCCACUAGCUGAAUAACCCGAGGGAAAGGGACUUCGUCUCUCUGGCUCUCAGUUUUCUCAUCUAUAAAAUGGGUGGAUUAACUGUUACACCAUAUAUGUAUGUAUCUCCAGCACUGGCAAAGCUGUAGGGAACUUGGUGGCACUGUACCAUGCGAUUGGUUCAGCUUUUCUGAAGAGCAGUAUGUAAAAGUAUAACAGGAAUGAUCAGAGACUCUGUACACAGCUGGCUUGGAGAUCCCUCUUUCCUGGAGGAAGCCUUGAAAAGGAAAGGAAGGAUGGGUGCGGUGGUGUUGAUUUCACUUUAGGCCAAAUGCCUGUGCAGAGGUGAAGGGCUCAGUCUGCUCCACAGUGACUGAGAGGGAGGCCACAGCCCCACUGAAACUGGGAUGUGCAAGAAAGCUGUGGGGACACAAAACACUAUAAAGGGUAAAUAGUGUGUGACAUUGAAGACAGCAGCUACAGUGACUGUGGAUGAUGAGAUAGCCACGCAGAGGGAUGUCAUAAGUGUGAUAUUUGCUGUGUUCCUUUUAGAAUUAAAAAUAAAAAAGGGGUCACCCUGGAUAAUCUUUGGGGAUCAUUUCUUCCAAAAUAAGUGGUGUUUAGGGUUCUAGUUACAUCAAAAACCUUGAGUCCACAGAGGGCCCUGAAGACAACCUUUGGUCAGAAGGUGUGGGGCAACUCUAGGUCAGGGAUGGGCAUGGGAAGAAUAAGGGGCAGCCUCUGACCACAUGAGAACGCUGACCGAGGCAGCUGGCCAAAGCCUCGCCUGGUCAGGGUACUCCUGGGUCUUCCUGGAGGUCUUGCUUCACAGGAAAUCCCUUUGGGGACCUCUUUUCCUUAAAAUAGGUCACUCAUGGUGUCCCUAGCCCCAUUGCCUACCUCUGGAAGCCUCCUCCAGCUCCUAUCCUCCACUAGAAGAGGAAAAGAGGGUCAGAGGAGGAACAGAGAGAGGAAAUUUUUUGAGGGAUGAAGGCAUAGGUGGGCAGAACCUGUGCCUCCCUUAGCUCCCACCCCUCCCAGCUCUGGAGCCUCGGAGCUGGUUUGUCUCCAUGCCACCUUCCUGGUCCCCUUACAGCCAGCUCUGCGGUGGAGACUAGCUAACCGCCUCAGUCAGGUGUUUCCUCUUACAAGACAGAGGCCUACAACCCUCUCUCCACCUGGUGGGGUUUCAACUAGUCAAAGGAUGGGCUCUCUCUAGGAAGAUGAGAUCACCGAAGAUCUUUUCCUUCUGUACCAUUUUAUAUGCUUCUGUAUUUGACUCUUACAUGAAGAGUAUUUGUUAAUUUUAUAUUUGGCUUAAACUGUAGACAUACUUUCAGUUUGCAAAA